AUGAAUUAUUUCCCUCCACCUCAAACGAAGGCGGACACCGGACACCUUGUCCGGUGUGUGGAUGUGCUCGUGGCGGGGUUGACGGAGGACUGGGUCCGAAAGAAUACCGAGAUCGAUGAAGUAGUUGUCAAUAGUUGUCCGUUAAGCGUAAGGCCCAUGUUCAAAAAUAUCGCUAACCCGCAAGGACCCGCUCGAAAUGACCGCAAGGACACGAGGAGAUUGAAUGGGAAAAAUGUCGAGCGAGGGGAGAGUAGAGCUGCUGCACCGGCGCGGAGGGAAAAGGUAAAAGGUGGAAAAGAGACUUCGAGUAGAGAGAAGGAGGAAGGCGGUUAG